AUGGAUGCAACUGAACAGAUGAAGAUGUUUGUGAGUGGUCUCAAAAUAAAGACCAAACAGUCGAUUGAUACUGCAGCCGGUGGUUCCACAAAUUUUUCAACAACCACCGGUAUCAAGAAGAUCAUUGAAGCUAUUGUUGCUAAUGAGCACAUGGAGUUGUACGAUAUGUGUCAAAGUAAACCAGAAGGGGUUAUAGAUUUAAAGCUGGAAACUAAUAAAAUCCGUAUUGAAGAUACUAUAGCUGUUGAAGUUGAUAAGAAGCUGAAGGCGAUGAAUAUAGGUAUCCAACAGGUGGCGCAGGUCCAACCGGCUCCUACUGUCUGCUCGGAAAUUUAUAGUGGUCCGCACCAAACUGUUUAUUGUUUUGCAACUCCUCAACAAGUGGAGGAAAUCAAAUUUUUGAAGAAGAAUAAUCCUUAUUCCAACACGUGUAAUCCGAGUUGGAAGAAUCAUCCCAACUUCUCAUGGAAAGACCAAGAAGGAACAACUCAUCAACAUGCUCAUAAUGUUCAAUUUCAAGAAGAAACCCAGAACAAUAAGAAAAACACCACAACAUCCAUAAAGAAUCUUGAAGUCCAAUUGGGUCAAAUCGCUCAGCAACUAGCUUCGAGUUCUCAAGCACAAGGUGUUGUACCUAGUGCAACCAUGACAUAUCCUAGAGAGCAUAACAAUGUGAGCGUGGUGACAACAAGAAGUGGUAAAUCGGAUGAAGUUGUUGAGGAAGUGGAUGAAGAGGAAGACCAAUUGAUCAAAGUGGGCCUUGAGAUCAAAGAAAAUGAAGUUGUUAGGGAAGAAGUGGUAGCACCGAAACCUAUUGUGAAAGAAACAGACAUUGAGCCCAAGCCAGUUGUUAAGCUUCCCUUCCCUACUAGAAACAAGAAAAAAGUACAACAUGCGAAAAACUUUGAAAAAUUCUUAGAGUUGUUCAAGUAG